CGCCGAGAGCGCAUGUGUAAAAGACGUUUCCAAUUCGAAUUGCAAUUGGAGAAUUUGAAAAUUGUGCAGGAAUAAAAAUUAAAGUGAUAGAAGAUUUACAGUCGUGACAUGAUUAUACAAAACUCAAAUUUUCAAGUGAGGAAGUUGUAAGUGUUAUUUCAGUUCUAGUGUUUUUGUGAAAAUUUACAUGAGCAGAAUUAUUCAAGAGUUUAAACUGUAUGACCUUUGUUUAAGUGCCAUCGACGAGGACAAGCAAAAUAUUUAAGGAUUCAUUCAAAUACUUAUAAGUUUUGAGAGCUGUUGGCAUCUAUAGAUACUUGAGAAUUUUCUCCUAUCAAAGAAGUUUCCUUAUUCAAACAACAACAAUAACUAUGGCAAAACACCAAAAAGCAUUUAUCCUACUACUAGUUGCAUCAACGAUAUCCCUAGCAACCGCUAAACACCACAAAGAAGAACAUCAUCCAAUAUUUAUAGACAACCCUGAGCCUUCCAAAGAAGCAGGCUUAGAUUUACCAAUUGCCCUUAUUCCAUCUGAUGACAUUCAGAAGAAAGAUGAUAAUAUUUUGGUAAAGAGUGAAGAAGUAAAUAUUGACAAGAAACUAAAACCAGCAGAACUGGUGUUUAAUAAAAAAUAUUUUGAUGACAACCCGUUGAUACCACCUUCACAUGAUGCUUUGGUACCCAAAGUUGUUUGUGAAGAAGGUAGUAAAGACUGUGAAAAACAUAAAAAGAAAGAUAAAAGAUCAGGAAGACACAGGAGACACCACAAACACAGGCGAUCUCGAAGGGCAAGUGGAGAUAAGAAAGAUGAUAAAAAAGUUGAAGACACUGAUAUAGACAAACCACAAUCCGAUGCCCCAUAUGAUUUAGUUGCUGCUGAAUCUUACGCAAGUAACCCUUGUUUGUUACCAUAUACUCCUAGAUGUGGAGGCCCAAGUUACGAUAUUGUAAAUCCAUUUGAACGUCGAUAUAAUGGUAAUUACUAUCAGUUACCACGACAAUCACCAUCCAACUACUACUUACCAGUAGUACCACCUGUUAGCAUUGGUCGUUGGGUUCCAGAUACAUCCAUUCGUUAUUUUCCUAUCAACAGAGUUUAUUGGAAUCCUGGAUAUCCAUAUGAUAAUAGGCCCUAUCUACCACCUUUCAGACCAACAAAACGUCCAAAUACAAUUGAUCGGCCAGGAGCAACAGAAAAGCCUGACAUUGAAAAUCGUUUCCCUGGACAAGUAGAAGACUACGAUGAUCGUCCAAUCUGGGACUAUGUAGUGCCACGAGUGCCUUCUCCAACAAAACGGCCUGCACCACCUCUAAACCAUGCUCAGGAAAUUGAGCAAUCUAAAAGGCCAAGUGCUGGAUCCAGUCCCACAAACCAAGUCCAACAGAACGAGGGACGUCCAAAUCAACGACCCAGCCAAUCCCAACGCCCAUCAGGCGGAUUUUCUUCAUCAUCCAGUAGUUCAUCAUCUUCUAGUUUUGGAGGACAACCCCAAACAGCCCAACAAAGUGCUUCAAGGAUCGGAAGAUGUGUUUAUGCAAUUAUCAAUUGCUGUGAUCCAAGAUCAAGAGAUGUACAUUUAGAGUGCUUCGAGAGGCUGGAUUGUCCUGGACCAUUCUGGGAUAGAAACCCUUGCAGUAGUGAAUUGGCCAUCGCUGCCUUGACGGCGGCGAAUAGUAUAAUUGGUUGAAUCAUGGUUGAAUCUUGACUUUGGGAUUUAAAUUUUGGAUGAGAAUGAUAAAUUCAAUAAUCUAUAAUGUACCAAACAGCGGCUUAUAAUGUGACUAUUGAUAUCGAACUUUUGCAGUACA